UCAAAACCCUUGGGUCAGACGCCACAAGCCUCCACGGCUUUCCCCCCUGGGCACCGCCCGGUUCCACCCGCCCUCAAGAAACUGCACUGGCAUUUCGAGCCAAGCAAGUGGACGUCACGCGUGGGAUGGGCUUGGAGCAUCAAAAAUGGCGGCCGCAUCUAGCGGUUGAUAAGAAUCUUUGUAAAAUGUGAUGGAGGGACGGGAGUCCUCAACUCGACCCAGUCGUACCACACCUGCCAGCCCUAGAGUGACUCCUGCUGUAGUGAAACGGCCACGCUUCCAAACACUGGCUCGUUUUUGGGAAGGUCAGGAUGUCUUGGCACGGUGGACAGAUGGACUACUUUAUUUGGGAAUAGUUAAGAAGGUAGACAGUGCUCAGGAGACUUGUCUUGUGCGCUUUGAAGAUAAUUCACAGUUUUCAGUACUUUGGAAGGACAUUUUCCCUCCUGCUGUGCCUGGGAAAGAACAGCUGUGCUGUGUGUGCAACUCGCAGACGUGUACCCCAGACAACAAACUGGUUCACUGUGGGAAAUGCAAACACGCAUAUCAUCAAGAAUGCCAUGUUCCUAGUGUCCCAUGCGACGCAGACUGUCCUGGAAGCUCCUGGAUGUGUCGGCAGUGUGUCUUUGCUGUGGCUACCAAGAGAGGUGGCGCACUCAAGAAAGGUCCCUAUGCACGCGCUAUGCUGCAUAUGAAGCUGUCUUUACCCUACCAGCUGAAGUCUUUAGAGUGGGACCAACUACACCUAACAAAUAAACAACAAUGUUACUGCUACUGCGGGGGGCCUGGAGAAUGGAACAUGAAGAUGUUACAGUGCUGUCGCUGUCUCCAGUGGUUUCAUGAGUCUUGUACGCAAUGUCUGAGUAAACCUUUGCUCUACGGAGACAGGUUUUAUGUUUUUGAGUGUUCAGUCUGUACAAGAGGUCCAGAAAACACUUGGAGACUUCCUCUUGCAUGGGUUGAUGUAUCACAUCUUGUCUUAUAUCACCUCAGUAUUUGUUGUAAGAAGAAAUAUUUUGACUUUGAGCGUGAAAUCCUUUCCUUCGUUAAUGAAAACUGGGAUAGUUUACUUCUAGGAGAGCUGACAGACACUCCUCGUUCUGAACGAUAUUCUCACCUUCUUCAUGCCCUUACCGCUCAGAAGGAUAGGUUCAUUUCUGGUAAGGAAAUAAAGAAAAAGAAGUGUCUGUUUGGCCUACAGACCCGUGUACCACCUCCUGCCCCACAAAGUACAGAAUCUCCGUUAAGACUGCAAGAAUCUAAGGACAGAACCUCCAGUCCAUGUGUAAGUUCCCUUGUAGGGAGGAUGGGACUCAUGAGACGCCCCACACACCGGAAGAGGACCCAGAGCAUAAAGAAGCAGACAGGAAGAGACAGGCAGAAGCUGUGCAAAGAUGUUACCCAGGAUGUUGUGCAGAAUCCAUUUAGCUCUAACCAGGAGUACCAGGGAUACCGUGGGAGCCCAUACAACUUUAGGCGAACUGGAGCACGCUGUUUGCAAAACCCUCCAAUUAGGAUGUUCGCCUCUUUCCACCCAUCUGCAAACACCUCAGGGUCUGUGGCUGCUUCGCUGCAGUCCAGUGGAAUCUCUUCUGAAGUUCAGGAGCCUCCACUCCUUGGUGAAAUGAUGGAAACUGCUGUUCCAGCCCCUGCCUCCCGUGACAGCCCCCAGGUCACCCCUUCUUUGCCUUCCUCAUCUGUAUCUUCAGAGGACUGUGCAUGGCUUGGAUCUACAGAGCAAGGCAUGCGUGUGUUGGCACGCAGGGUCACUGCUCAGGGAGCAGUGCAGUACCUCGUCGAACAGGGAGCAGGAGACGUCUUUUAAAAGCUCCAAUAAGCUUAUGAGGAACUUGACCAUGGAUGACUUCAUGAUUUCUGCUUUGUCUUGCAUUCACUUCCUGUGAAGAUCCCAUGUCCUCCAUAUUGCUGCUCUCCAUGGUUUACUCCGAACUCUCCCUCUAAAAGCAUGUAUAUAGCAGUGCCUGUGCUUUUUGUUAUGUCGUGUGUGUUAUUUACAGUGUUCGCUCCCAAAAGACUGCAUUAUGAUAGGAGAGGCUGUUGCAAGAGCAAAAUCUCAAUAUUAUGCCAGUUCUGUUUUAUCAUUUCAGGACAUUGUCUUAGAAAGAACAUUUUAACUCCGGUUCUAUAGAUUCUAAAGGCUGGAGUUAGCUAAAGGGGUGGUUCACUUUUAAGUUAACAUUUACUGUGCUACAGAGCUGCCAAUUCUAAGCAACUUUUCAAUUGGUCUUCAUAGAAUUAUUUGCCUUCUUCUGACUCUUUUCAAAUGGGGGUCACUGAUCCUAUCUAAAAACAAGUGAUCUGUAAGGCAACACAUUUAUAGUUAUUGAUACAUAUUACUCAUCUUUCUGUUCACUCCGUCUCCUAUUCAUAUUCCGGUCUCUUAUUCAAAUUAUUGCAUGGUUGCUAGGGGAAUUAGGACCCUAGCAACCGGAUGGCUUAAAUUGCAAACUGGAGAGUUACUGAAUAAAACACUAUCUCAAAAACCAUCAAAAAUGAAAACCAAUUGCAAAUUGUCUCAGAAUAUCCCACUCUACAUUAUACUAAAAGUUAAUUUAAAGGUGAACAACCCCUUUGUGGGCAUAUUUAAGCACACCAGGGAGGUAAACGUUGAUGCCUUGUCCCAAUAGGCAUCUACAUUCAAUCAAGUCCCAAGUACAAUGUUUUGUUCCAGCCUAUAGCAAUAGACAGAUGUAGAACUGAUCAUUGAACUUACUGAUUGGUACAUUCUAUAGCCUCACAAUAGGGGUGUUCGUAGAGCACUUACAGUUCAAUUGUAGGAUAUGAUUUAAGUUCUAGACUAAGGAUUUAUUCAUAUGACAGCUUGGAAACGUUGCACCUACACUAUUAGAAAAUCUCUUAUUCCGUUUUAAAGGGAUUCACAUACGAUAUGUAUAUGUCACAACUUUUCCACUUAAAAUACCACAUUAUAGAACAUCUACUUUAGUUCCAGUAAAUAAGUACCAAACUUAGUAGGCACAAGAGGAAUAAUGUUCUGUCUUUAUGGCAGUGAUAUAAAAACAUGCUUUUAUCUGGUUUUUUUUUUUUAUCCUACGGCAUUUGCUUCUAGCAAGGAUGGCCUAGAUAUUAAAGUAAAAUUGAAACCUGUUUGUUACCCUAUGAUAGUUAUCCAGCAUUAUAAUCGUUCCUUCACCUCGUGUGCCAUUUUUUUCUGAAUGUACAGAAAAUACUUGUUAGACAUAUAUAGGAAUAGGGAGCCACGUUAUUAUUCUAUAUGAUUGUGCUACAGCAUAGGAACAGUUGUUUAAAUUAUUGAAAAGGCACCUCUAAAUCUGAUUGAUGGCUGCCUGUGAUGUCUAGUGAAGUUUCAGCAAAAUAUUUGUUCUCUGCAUUUUAUUACCAUGGCUGUUUUGUAUCUUUCUUUUUUUUUAAUUCAUAAUCUCUGGCAUAAAGGAGUGUUUUCUGGUU